GAAGAAAAGGUCGUCGUCUCUAGUGUUGCAGAAAAUGGCAACUACUACUAAGCUCUCCGUUCUCUGCUCUUUCAUUUCAUCUCCUCUCGUUGACUCUCCUCCUCUCACCAACAUCCCUUGCUUCUUCUCUCCGAUUCCACGAUUCCUCACUACUAGCUUUAGAUCGAGCUCUAGGUUUCCGGCGACCGAAAUCCGUAAGUCUACUCGGAGUCUAACGACGUCGUCUUCACUCGCCGCCGUGAUGUUUCCCGGAAAUUCGGUUUUGGCAGAUGUCUGCGCGUUUGGAAUCACUAGCAUCGUUGCGUUCUCGUGCCUCGGUUUCUGGGGAGAGAUUGGCAAACGUGGCCUCUUGGACCAGAAACUCAUCCGGAAGCUUGUGCAUAUUAAUAUUGGGCUAGUUUUUAUGCUUUGCUGGCCGCUGUUCAGUUCUGGAAUCCAAGGAGCGCUUUUCGCAUCUCUUGUACCUGGACUCAAUAUAAUAAGGAUGCUAUUGCUGGGGCUUGGAGUGUACCACGACGAAGGAACGAUCAAGUCAAUGAGCAGACAUGGAGAUCGCAGGGAACUACUUAAGGGACCGCUUUACUAUGCACUGUCAAUCACAUCAGCCUGCAUCUUCUAUUGGAAAUCAUCCCCAAUCGCCAUUGCGGUCAUAUGCAACCUUUGCGCAGGAGAUGGUAUGGCUGACAUCGUGGGUCGGCGGUUUGGAACAGAGAAGCUUCCUUACAACAAAAACAAAUCAUUUGCUGGUAGCAUUGGAAUGGCCACCGCGGGGUUCUUAGCAUCUGUUGGGUAUAUGUACUACUUUGCUUCAUUCGAUUACAUCAAGGAUAGCGGGGGAAUGAUUCUUCGUUUCCUCAUCAUCUCUUUAGCAUCAGCUCUUGUGGAAUCACUCCCAAUAAGCACUGACAUUGACGACAAUCUCACCAUUUCCUUAACCUCUGCCUUGGCCGCUGCAAUUGCAGUUGGGUACAAUGUUGUAAUGUUCUAUCCAUUAGUCGGACUGGUGACUGUAUCGGCGUUUCAGACAAGGAAGCAAUACAAGGAACAAGAGAAAGACGGCAAACCCGAUGACAAGAACUACCGUCAAGAUCUCACCAUGCAUGGCGUAGUGUCUGUCUCUAGUGAAAGGAAGUCGUUCGCCAUCUUCAGGACUCAAGGCCUCCGCCGUCGAAACAUUUUGUUGAGCAUUUCGUGUUUUAGAGGAUUUUCAAUGUCUGGCGCAGAGGAUAAUAAAUCUUCCCAUGCUGAGCUUUCGUCCCAAGUUUUUCUUGAUCUUGUGGAUUCGGUGAUUGCUGAUGUAGCAUCUGAGUGUCAUCGGGUAGCACGACUAGGACUUGAUCGUGAUUUGGAGGUAGUAGAAGAAGAGUUGAGGUUGUCAGUUGAAGCGCGUGCUAAGGUCGCUGAUCCUAGCAACAACCUUGAAACCAACACCAAAUUUGUUGUUGAUAUUUUUGGUCAGACUCACCCUCCUGUAGCUACUGAAGUGUUCAACUGCAUGAACUGUGGGCGCCAAAUUGUUGCAGGAAGGUUUGCUCCUCAUCUGGAAAAAUGCAUGGGGAAGGGAAGAAAGGCUCGUGCCAAGACAACCAGGAGCACAACAGCUGCCCAGAACAGGAACGCACGACGCAGCCCAAAUCCGCGAUAUUCUUCUUAUCCAAAUUCUGCUAGUGACAACCAGUUAGCAAGUGGAUCACCUGGUGUUGCUGGUGAAGACUGCUCAAAUGGCACAGUCCGAGAGAACGUGAAAGGAGACUGAAGCACGACCAAUGAGAGGCUUAUACUGAACGACAAUGUGGCUAGUAACUGACUCGACCAGACUGGUAUAAAUCGUAUUGCUAGGU